AUGGCAGCGGCGCUUGUUGUACUGCACCUCAACAGCUUUCCAUCGAUACAUCAAUGGCGAAUACUAUCGCGACCAGCUGGCCUUCAACUCAAAGCUCCAUAUGAGGUCGACGCCGAUGCGCCACCAUGCCAGAGGCUUGCUGGAGCUGAGGACGUGGUAGUGGUAAUGCGUACCGGCGCGACAGAAAUCAAAGCCAAAUUACCUAUCCACUUCAACACGACCUUCAAAUGCUAUCCAGAUACCUUAAUCUUCUCGGACUAUGCGGAAGUGUUUCAAGGGCACGAGAUCCACGACGUGUUGUCUAUUGUGGCCGAUGAUGUUAUGGAGGCAAACGAAGACUUUCAGCACUAUCUGCGGCUCAAGCGGCUUAGUCGAGAAGGUCUGGCGCAGAGUGAGCUUCACGGCGAAAGCCUUGAGAGUGGGCCGGUCGGUAAGAACGACAACCCUGGAUGGCGGCUGGACAAGUGGAAGUUCUUGCCCAUGAUGGUGCGUACGCUUGAGCUCCGGCCAGAUCAGAAGUGGUUCAUAUUUAUCGAGCCCGAUACAUAUCUUGUCUGGAGCAAUAUUGUUCAAUGGCUGCAGACUAAGGACUGGCGAGAAGACCAGUAUCUCGGAAGUGAAGUACAGAUUGGCGACGAUAUAUUUGCCCACGGCGGAUCCGCGUUCGUCAUGUCUAAAUCUGCCAUCGAGAAAGCGGUGGAGGCAUACCAAGCAGAUCCCGAGGAGUGGCACGUACGCACUUCUCAGCACUGGGCUGGUGACUGUAUCCUUGGAACGGCAUUGACGACCGUUGGUGUUGAUCUCACCUGGUCGUGGCCCUUGUUCCAAGGAGGCAACCCGGCCGAUAUGGACUGGCAGGAAAAUAAAGCCGAGAGACGCUUGUGGUGCUCACAAGCAUUGUCCUACCAUCAUUUCGAAGCGCACGAAGUGGAGGCUAUGUGGAGGUUUGAGCAGCAGCACAUCAGUGACUUGAUUGGAGGCUCUGCGACCCAUCGCAGAAAGACUGUCCUCCACCAUAACGACAUGUUCAUGCAAUAUGUCGUGCCCAAUAUCACACGGGAAAAAUCGGACUGGACUAACAUGUCGCCCGACUUGGUCACGAACAGCGCUAGUAUGAGUUUGGACGAAUGCAGGCUUAUUUGUGAGGAUAAGCCAGGUUGCGUCCAGUAUUCUCAAAGCACUUUUGGAUGUUCCACUGGGCAACAAGUCAAAAUGGGUCGACCUUUCACGGGAAUCGGCUCUGGCUGGAUUCCUGCUAGAGUAGAUCGCUGGCGCAGAAGCUUCCACAGCUGUCGCGGUAUCACAGGUUGGACCACAGACUGGAGUUGA